AUGUCGUCGUCGUCGGUUCUUGUACUGCCUGGCCAGGAACUGAGGCCUGAACAGCUGCCCUCUCAAAACACUACCCGCACAUUGACUCUUGGUCCGGGUCUGCGACACAUUCCGCCAGUGACGAUUGUCGCAACCCAGGCCGGAGAACUAUGCACCGACUCCAAGAAGAAUGCCAUCUGGAUUGAGAACCUCGGCGGCCGCUACCUACCUCACACCGGCGAUCUCGUCGUCGCCACUGUUCAGCGAUCCUCUACCGACACAUACCAUUGCACCCUGACGCCCCACACAAAUUCUGUCCUGCUCGGCCAACUAGCCUUCGAGGGCGCUACCAAAAAGACCAGACCUCAACUCAACCCCGGAGCUCUCGUCUACGCCCGCGUCUCAAAAGCCGACAAGUGGAGCGACGUCGAGAUUGAAUGUGUGAACCCUGCCACCGGCAAAUCCGACGGUCUGGGUCCGCUCAAGGCCGGCAUGCUGUUUGACGUUUCUCCCGCUUUCGCUCGUCGUUUGAUGAUGGGUGCUGGAAAGGGCGGUGUCGUCUUGCUGGAAGAGAUUGGCGAAAAGGUCAGAUUCGAGGUGGCUGUUGGAAGAAACGGAAAGGUCUGGGUCGACAGCUCGACCAUUGCAGAGACUGUCGCUAUUGGAAGAUGUUUGACCGAGACGGACGAGAAGGGUCUGGACCUCCAGGCACAGAAGAAGCUUGUGAACAAGAUGGUCAAGACUGUUUGA